AGCCAUAUUGGCUCCAGGGUGGCUUCGGGGGGGGCCACCGCCCGGCCGGGACUGCCGGCAGCGGCGGCGCCGAGGAUGAAUGACGUGCGGCCGGGGGAUUGGUCGUGCACGACCUGCGGGGCGGAGAAGGUCUACGCCACCAGGACGCACUGCAACAAGUGCGGCGCCCCCAAGCCUGGGCUGCCGGAGCUCCAGCUGGCGCCGCCGCCGCCGGCCCCCUCCUUCGGCGGCAAGGGCGAGGUGCGCCCGGGCGACUGGACGUGCACGGCGUGCGGGGCCGGGCCCGUCUUCGCCACCCGGGACUCCUGCUUCAAGUGCGGGUCGCCGCGGCCCGUGGGCGCCGGCGCGGGAGGCGUGGGGCAGGCGGCCGUGCCCAGCCGGGGCUACUCGCCCUACGGCGCGCCGCCCGCCCCGCGCGGCGGCAAGGGCUUCGGCAAGGGUCCCGCAGUAGGGGGGAUCAAGGAUGUGCUGAGAGCGCUCAACGGCGGCAUCGAGUGGAGAAAUGAUGAGAACACGGUUGUCUUGCAGGGCCUGCCGGCGGACACCGUCGACCUCGACCUCUACGCCAUGUGCACCCGCUUCGGCCCGAUCGCCCCCGGCGGUGUCCACGCGAAGACGGACAAGGCGCGCGGG